CCCUUUCCAGAAGUUUCUCCCGUCCUGCCUCCCCUUAUAAAGCCCCCUUGGCCCGGCGGCGGCUCGGCCCGAGGAGAGGCAGGCAGGCAGGCAGGCAGGCGGGAGAGGCGGAGGAUCCCCGCGGACUUUGCCAAGCCAGGCUCGCCCCUUGCAAGCCCCGAGGUCGUGACUGCCCUCCGUUGUCAUGGAAUCCACCUGGUUGAUCCAUCUUCUAGCGCUCUGCGCUCUCGCGACGGCGGUCCCCUCCGAGGACAAGAAGAAAAUUGAGAAGAAGCCCGCCUCGAAAGAGAAGAAGCUGAGCGAAAAGGCCACCACCUUGGCUGACCGCAGCGCCAUCCUGGCCUUCAACCUCUACCAGGUGAUGGCCAAGGACAAGAGCUUGGAGAACAUCUUGGUGUCUCCCGUGGUGGUGGCCUCUUCGCUGGGGCUGGUGUCCCUCGGAGGAAAGGACACCACGGCGUCGCAAGCCAAAGCUCUCCUCAGCGCCAGCAAACUCAACGACGAUUAUAUCCACAGCGGACUCUCCGAGCUCCUGACCGACGUCAGCAACACCACGGCCAGGAACGUCACCUGGAAGCUCGGCAGCCGCCUCUACGGCCCCAGUUCCAUCAGCUUCGCGGAGGACUUUGUGCAAAACAGCAAGAAGCACUACAACUACGAGCAUUCGAAGAUCAACUUCCGAGACAAGCGUAGCGCCCUGAAAUCCAUCAACGAGUGGGCGGCCCAGACCACGGAUGGCAAGCUGCCCGAGGUCACCAAAGACGUGCAGAAGACCGACGGGGCCUUGAUUGUCAACGCCAUGUUCUUCAAACCGCACUGGAAUGAGAAGUUUCAUCACAAGAUGGUGGACAAUCGCGGCUUCAUGGUGACGCGGUCCUACACCAUCGGCAUUCCCAUGAUGCACCGUACAGGAUUGUACAAAUACUACGAGGACGAGGUGGAGAAGCUGCAGAUCGUGGAGAUGCCGUUGGCCCACAAACUCUCCAGCCUCAUCAUCAUCAUGCCGAACCAUGUGGAGUCCUUGGAACGCCUGGAGAAGCUGCUCACCCGGGAACAGCUGCAGAGUUGGCUGGGCAAGUUGAAGGAGCGGUCAGUGGCCAUCUCCUUGCCCAAGAUCAGCCUGGAGGUCAGCCACGACAUUCAGAAACACCUGGCCGACCUCGGUUUAACCGAAGCCGUGGAUAAGAACAAAGCUGACCUGUCCAAGAUCUCCGGCAAGAAGGACCUGUAUCUCUCCAGCGUUUUCCACGCGGCGGCCCUGGAACUGGACACAGAAGGGAACCCCUUCGACGCGGACCUCUACGGCCGCGAAGAAAUCCGGAACCCCAAACUCUUCUACGUCGACCAUCCCUUCCUUUUCCUGGUCAAGGACAAUAAGACCAACUCCGUCCUGUUUAUCGGCAGGCUGGUGAAGCCCAAAGGAGACAAAAUGCGGGACGAAUUGUAGUUUGCAUGCCGGGUUUAAGUCUCUUUUACAUCUCUUUUGAUUUGGUUUUUAUUUUUUAAAAAGAAAAUGAGAUUAAAAUAGGUGCUUUUUUAAAACCGGUGCUCCUCUUAAGCUUCGACUUGUUAAAAAAAAUUUUUUUUUGGGGUGGGGGUGGGGAUCAAAAGAUGGUGAGAUACGAAGUGGGAACAAGGGAAGUAGCAAAGGAAGAGGGCUUAAUUCUCCAGCACCCGUUUUGAACCCUACUUUGGGUUUUUUUACAGGUAGUUCUCCACUUACGACCAAAAUCGAGCCCAACACGUCUGUUGUUAAGUGAGACAGAUAUCUGUCAGUGAUUAUUUUUUUUUUUUGGCCCCAUUUUACAAUUUUUCUUGCCACAGUUGUUAAGCGAAUCACUGCAGCUGUUAAGAUAGUGGCACGGUCGUUAAGUGAAUCUGGCUCCCCCUCCCCCACCCCUUGACUUUGCUGCUCAAGCAGUCACCCCGGGACAUUGUGACGGUCGUAUAUAUGAAUCAGUUGCCAGGCGACCGAAUUUUGAUCCUGUGACCGUGAGGAUGCUGCAGCAGUCGUUAAGUCAUUUCCCCUCCCCCAACUCCAAACGGUCACUAAACAAACUGUCAUAAGUCGAGGACUGCCUGUGGUUUUAUCUGCCCUGGAAAGUUAAAUGCAGUCAGGGAUUUAGGAAGGUUUGUGUGUGUGUGUGUGUGUGUGUAAUUCAUGUGCUGCUUUCCAGAAAAAGUGAUCUGUUCAGGUUUUGGGGAUCUUUUCCUAAAGAUAACGGCACGAGAUGGUUAAAUUGUCACUUGAUCCGAGUUUGGGCUUGUGAGACUGUAAGCAUGGGACAGACAACGAAAGGCGUUCCUUAUCUGUUUUGACAGGUUCACACUGCUGCACAACUUAGUAUGCAUUUUUUUUUUGAGAAUGCGGUCGUCCUCCACUUAUGACCCCCAUGGGGCUAAGCAAGCCAGCCGGUUGUUAAGUGAAUCUCUCCUGAUUUUAUAACUUCCUUGGCCAUGUGGUUGUUAAGCAGAUCCAACUUCCUGCAUUGAUUUAUUUUUUUUUGGGGUCGAAUUUUGUUCGCACGACGGUUGAGGAAGCUGCGGUGGUUCUGUGAGGACUGUUCAUAAGCCGGCUUUUUUCCCUCUGGGUGAUAUCGUAACUUCGAAGCCGCUGUAGGAGCGGUCGUACGUUGAGGACUGCCAGCACGGCAACUUGCCAGUAAUAAUCUGCAGAGAGAGACCGGAUACCUCCCCAAGUAGUUUUAAAACCUAGGCCUUAAGAGGAAUUGGGAAUUUUGGCUUACCGCAAAUGUUCCAUGUUAAGCACCAUCAGUAAUGUGUUUCCCCGAAAAUAAGACCCCGUCUUUUUUUUUACCCCCACCAAAAGGCACCAGGUCUUAUUUUGGUGAGAUGUCAUCCGCUGACUCACCUCACUUGCGCGCAUCACUCCCAAUGGAGGGAUUCAAGUAAUUUAACAACCGGUUCUCUGUUGGAUUUCUUCCAACAACCAGUUUGCCAAACGGCUCAGAAAGUUUUAACAACCGGUUCUCCCGAAGUGGUGCGAACUGGCUGAAUCCCACCACUGAUCGCUCCCCCAGCCUCCUUUUUUGCUGUCAAGAGGCCUUCAAGACCUUCUUCUGUGGCCAUCAAGCUUUCCUGAAGGUCCCCGCAGCUGAUACGAGCGCUCUGGAUCGAUCCAAAGCUGUUAUUGGUGGCAGAGGCUUUCAGGAAAGCAUUGCCAGCUGCAGAAGAAAUGAGCCGGCAAGGCAGGUGUUGGGGUCUAUGAGACCUGGCUGCAAGGGCCUCUGGUGGCUCAGACUGCUAAGACAGUCUGUUAUUAACACAGCUGCUUGCAAUUACUGCAGGUUCAAGUCCCACCAGACCCAAGGUUGACUCAGCCUUCCAUCCUUUAUAAGGCAGGUAAAAUGAGGACCCAGAUUGUUGGGGGGCAAUAAGUUGACUUUGUAUAUAAUAUACAAAUGGAUGAAGACUAUUGCUUGACAUAGUGUAAGCCGCCCUGAGUCUUCAGAGAAGGGCGGGAUAUAAAUGCAAAUAAUAAUAAAGUGUCGGAAGGUAAGUAGUAGGGCAACUUCACCCCCACCAUCUGCACCCUAGCUUAACUUUUACCUGUGCACUGUAGCCGGCGGGGUCUUAAUUAGGGCUUAUUUUGGAGGUAGGGUUUAUAUUGGGUGCAUGUGCAAAAACCAUGCUAGGACUUCGGGGUAGGUCGUAUUUUUGGGGAAACGCGGUAUUUUAAUUCAUUUAAAAAAACAGAAACAUUUUUUAUUAUUUUUAUUUUAAAUUUAAAUUUGACUUGGCUCCACUGACUUGAGGCUAUCCAGGCACAUGUAGACAUAAUAUUUAAAGUCCUUGCUGAGUGAGAGUUAUUUGCAUUUUCAGUUUUAUGAAACGGAACAGCCAAGUCCUGACGGUUUUAGCCCUAGAGGGGAGCCAAGUCAAACCGGCAGCUGGUCUUGUAUUUCCGAGAAGACAAAACGGUGAUUUUAGACUUAAAAUGGAUGUUUUCCACUCCAGCAUUGCGGAAAUUAUGAUUUGCUGGCGUUUUGACGUAGUUUUGUGUUUUCUCAGUACUUCAGAUCAUAAUCUUCCAAGCCUUGGCUGGGGAUAAUGGUGUUGCAGACCCAUCGAGGGAGAAAAGAUGGAGAAAUUAUACCACGGGUGUAAUAAAUAUGCAGGAGUUAGAAAAUGAGGGUCUCGAUUAAAUCUGAUAGGUAAAAUGUGCAGACUUUUUGGAAUCAAACUGGAUAUUCCCAGUCGAGUGCAUAUUCUUUCCACCGAUGGUGAUGUACCUAGAAUGUGCCUUAACCAGGUUAAGUAAGCCUUAACCAGGUUUGUUUGCAGAGCAGGCGAAACCUCGGUUUCUUGGUGCAAUAUACACGCGCCAAGCAAUGUGCACUAAUUCACAUUUUGCAGCAGUCCUGCACAAAUCUUAAAGCUUUGAAGAUUCAAGCACGCUUCUGAAAGGGCCAGACUUGGGGAAAAUAGAAAAAUGGACACACGCAGCCUGUCUCCUUUUCUAAGUUCAUGCCUUUCCCAUGUUACAUGUGUGAGCAGCCUCUCUGCCAAGGGGUGGACCUCAAGAUGGUCUUUGUAACACACACACACUGAACUGCAGGGCACGGUGGGAUGAUGGUGCUAUCGCGGGUUAAAGGGCGGCUGGGUGAAUUAAGCCAUGUUUUUUGUGACUCGGAGGUCUGUUCCUCACCACGCACAACUUUGUUGUACAAUUUUUGCAAUAAAGUAUUUUUCAGUGAA